AUAGAGAGACGCAGAGAAACCACCAAACCAACGACCUUCGAAGAACAACAUUCCCUCUCCUGACUUCGUUCUUGCGAAGCGAAGACAGGAUUUCUUACUUUCUUUGUCUUCUCUGCAGAUCUUCUACGGUGAAUUCUGUGUAAUUCGCUUCUGAAUAGUGCAGCGACACCUUCUUUGAGCCGAAGAAUCAGCGAUUGUUUUAAGCGAAUUGCUUGGCGGGUAAUGGCAUUUCAGGGGAAGAAGCUCAUCAAUGAUCCGAAUGAGGUGGUUACUGAGUUCAUUGAGGGUUUAGUGGAGACGUAUCCCUGUUUGCAGUACUUGGAUGGGUUUCCAGAGGUUAAAGUUGUAUUACGCGCUGAUGUCUCAGGGGCAACGUACGACAAGGUUGCAGUUAUCUCAGGGGGUGGAAGUGGGCAUGAGCCUGCUCAUGCUGGAUUUGUUGGGGAAGGGAUGCUGACAGCAGCUAUUUGUGGAGAUGUUUUUGCCUCUCCUAAUGUUGAUUCUAUCCUAGCUGGUAUCCGAGCUGUUACAGGUCCUAUGGGAUGUCUUUUGAUUGUGAAGAACUAUACUGGAGAUCGAUUAAAUUUUGGUCUAGCUGCUGAGCAAGCAAAAUCUGAAGGUUAUAAGAUAGAGACAGUUAUUGUUGGAGAUGAUUGUGCUCUUCCACCGCCUCGAGGCAUAGCUGGACGAAGAGGUUUGGCUGGGACUGUUCUUGUCCACAAGGUUGCUGGAGCUGCUGCUGCUGCUGGUCUUUCUCUUGCUGAUGUUGCUGCAGAGGCAAAUCGUGCAUCUGAAAGGGUUGGAACAAUGGGUGUUGCAUUGUCUGUUUGUACACUGCCAGGUCGGGUCACAUCAGAUCGUUUGGGUCAAGAGAAAAUGGAGCUUGGUCUAGGAAUUCAUGGAGAGCCUGGUGCUGCGGUGGUAGACCUUCAGCCUGUGGAUGUGGUGGUCUCUCAUGUUCUCAAGCAAAUUUUGUCAACGGAAACUCACUAUGUAACGAUCACACGAGGGAGCAGAGUUGUGCUUAUGAUUAACGGGUUAGGUGCCACCCCCUUAAUGGAGUUGAUGAUUGCUUCAGGAAAUGCUGUUCAUAAAAUGCAGCUAGAACAUGGACUAGCUGUUGAGAGAGUGUAUACAGGGUCAUUCAUGACUUCUCUUGAUAUGGCAGGAUUUUCAAUUUCUAUUAUGAAGGUAGAUCAAGCAAUAUUGCAGCGUUUGGAUGCCCCAACUAAGGCUCCAGCUUGGCCUGUUGGUGUUGAUGGGAGUCACCCACCUGCUAAGAUUCCUGUUCCAAUUCCACCAUCUCGGUCAACAAAAAGUGAUGAGGCAUUAAGUCGACCAAAAGUGCUCAAUCAGCUAGGCUAUCUUCUUGAGGCGGCUAUCGAAGCAGCAGCAAAUGCAGUUGUCAAUCUUAGGGAUGACUUAAAUGGAUGGGAUAGUAAAGUAGGUGAUGGUGACUGUGGUUCAACGAUGUUUAAAGGUGCCAUGGCUAUUCUUGAGGACUUGAAGAAGUAUUAUCCUCUGAAUGAUGCUGCUGAGACGGUCAAUGAAAUUGGAUCCUCUGUCAAGAUUAUGGGAGGGACAAGUGGGAUCAUAUAUAAUAUAUUCUGUAAGGCAGCUUACGCAAAGUUGAAAGAGAACACCGCACCAGUGGUUAUAUCUAGACAAUGGGCUGAUGCACUUGAUGCAGCCAUUGCUGCAGUCAGUAAAUAUGGAGGAGCUCGUGCAGGUUAUCGCACAUUGUUAGAUGCACUUAUUCCUGCAUCAGCAGUUCUUCGUGAGAGAUUAGAUGCCGGAGAUGAUCCAUCCACUGCUUUUCUUCUGUCGUCUGAAGCAGCACUGAGUGGUGCAGAGUCUACCAAACACAUGCAGGCACAGGCUGGCCGAUCUUCAUAUGUCUCUGGAGAGAUCCUUGCAACAGUCCCAGACCCAGGAGCCAUGGCUGCAGCAUCGUGGUAUAGAGCUGCAGCCCUAGCUGUGAAGGAAAAAUGCCAAAUUUCAUAGCCAGAAGUGACUUUGGUGUAGAGCUUUCCCCAUAUCUCCUGCCUACAUUUUGCUGCAAUUUUAAGCCAGUAAAUUUUGUACUUUUUGGGCUGACUAUCAAAACUCUAAAAGCUUCCCCGCUUAUGCAAUUGUGUGCAUAAAGCUGAGAGAGUGCUUGUCUUUCUA